AUGAGCGUAACAUUAGGAAUUGACUCCGCCUUGCGCGGCAUACCUAACUUUAGCGGGGGCACUGAGGCAGAUUUAGCCUCAUACAUAAUCGAAUGUGACUAUGUAAUGAACAAUAUUCACGAAAAUCUUAAAACGGUAGUUUUUAACAAUAUAGUAGCUAAAUUAAAGGGGACCGCUUUCCAGUCUGCCCGAUACCGAAAUUUUGCAGACUGGGCCGAACUUAAAGCCCACCUUCGAGCUGUUUUUGGAACACCACAUUCCAUUAGUUAUUUACAAUCGCAAAUGAGCAAUAUUAAACAACGUUCCGCCGAAGACAUACGUAGCUUCGCCGGGCGUACGGAAAAAUGUUUUCAUGAAUUAGUAGGAGCACUAACUGUAGGACUAGAGCCAGCAUCAGCCACAGCAGUAGCUGCAUCUUAUAAAACGGGAGCGCUUACCGCAUUUGUUAACGGGACGCGACCUGAAAUCAGAGCAUUAUUAAAAGCACGCGACGUAUCCUCUUUUGAAAAAGCCGUUUCUAUAGCAACCGAAGAAGAACAGGAUUUACUACACAUUAAUCGCCGUUUUAACACUAACAAAAAUUACGGGAAAAAUAACGCGAAUAAAAAGAAUAUUAAAUGCAAUAAAUGCAGUAAGAUGCCGAGCUGCGUGUGGUCUUAUAGGUACAUUGUAGCAUUUGCAACACCUCCCCCACAAAACGAGGGCUUAUGGUUAAUAAGGCCUCUAACUAUUGCUCAGAAUGCUAAACUACUAGUAUCAUGA